ACUCGAGGAUGUUGAGAUGGUUAGCAGAUACAACAGGACUAACAUCUAGAGGCUUCGCGUUCGCUGUGUUAAUAAAUUGCACUUGAAAUCUCCGGCAUUUGCGCGCAUCAAUAGAUCAGACUUACUUGGAUAAGAAAUAUUGCUCUUCUUUGGACAACCGCUCACCUCACACCGGUCUUUCAACUCUGCAGGAACGCACACAUAUCAUCUGAAAAAAGCAUUUGCUUUGGAAGUCUGAUGCGUAAUGCUCAUCUCCAGAAGACACUGACUAGCUAUCCAAGAAUUGUCUGAGAAUUCGUUUUAAUUUUAAACCAAAAAAUGCAGGUCAUUUUGUUUGUAUCGGUCGUUUUUCUUUGCAUCAAAGAUGCUCUCGCGGAUACUAAACUCAAGUGUCCGGAGCGCUGUGAUGUGAGUAAGUGUCCGAGCCCGAGCUGCCCGAGCGGGUAUGUGCCAGACCGCUGCAACUGCUGUCUGGUGUGCGCGCAGGGAGAGGGAGAGCCGUGCGGCCGCAAAGACGAUCUGCCCUGCGGGGACGGGCUGGAAUGCAAACACCCGUCUGGAAAAAGACUGUCCAAAGGCGUGUGCCAGUGCAGGUACAGCAGUAAAGUGUGCGGCAGUGACGGGAACACGUAUGGUAACAUCUGCCAGCUGAAGGCUGUGAGCAGGAAAGCCCUGCAGCAGGGUCUGCCGGCGGUCACCAACGUGCACAAAGGACCCUGUAAAAGCAAUCAAGGUCCCACACACCCCAGCAGCCCAAGGUACAAAUUCAACUUCAUUGCUGACGUGGUGGAGAAGAUCGCCCCUGCUGUGGUGCACAUUGAGCUGUUCCUAAACCACCCUCUCUUUGGCCGGACAGUUCCGCUAUCGAGUGGUUCAGGUUUUGUAAUGUCAGAAACCGGGUUGAUCAUAACUAAUGCUCAUGUGGUCUCCAGCACCACACCUGUUUCGGGUCAUCAGCGACUCAAAGUACAGAUGCGUGAUGGGGACGUGUAUGAGGCAACUAUCAAAGACAUCGACAAGAAGUCUGACAUUGCCACUAUUAAAAUCAACCCACAGAAAAAGUUGCCUGUUUUAUUACUGGGUCACUCUGCAGACCUGCGGCCGGGUGAGUUUGUGGUCGCCAUUGGCAGCCCAUUCGCCCUGCAGAACACAGUGACGACAGGAAUAGUCAGCACUGCACAGAGAGAUGGGAAAGAACUGGGUCUCCGUGACUCAGACAUGGACUACAUCCAGACUGACGCCAUCAUCAAUUAUGGGAACUCAGGUGGACCUCUCGUUAAUUUGGAUGGAGAGGUGAUAGGAAUCAACACCCUGAAAGUAGCUGCAGGAAUCUCCUUUGCCAUUCCUUCAGACCGGAUUACUCGCUUCUUAAAUGAUUCCUUGGGAAAACAAAACAAAGAGACAAGAGCGGUGAAGAAGCGUUUCAUUGGAAUUCGAAUGCUCACCAUCACAGAAGCACUCGUGGAAGAGCUGAAGCAGCAGAAUCCCGAUUUCCCUAAUGUCAGCAGUGGGAUCUACGUCCAUGAGGUGGUUCCUCAUUCCCCUGCUCAGAAAGGGGGCAUCAGAGACGGUGACAUCAUCGUUAAAUUAAACGGGGAGCCUCUGAUGAGCACCAGCGACCUGAAGGAAGCCCUCAACCAAGACACGACUCUGCUGCUGGAGGUGCGCAGAGGCAAUGACGACCUGCUCUUCAACAUUGAGCCUGAUGUCAUCAUGCAGUGACGUCAUCUUUUAUUCGGAAUGUGAACUAUCAAACUUUCACUGAAGACAUUGGCUUUAUCAUGCCAGUCAUGGCCAAAGGGGUGUCUAACAGUGCAUCCUUCUACAAAACAAGGACCUCUUUUACAAACUGAGAGAAAUCUAAUCUUGAGCUUUUGCAAUCUCAGUCAUGCAAAGUCUGCCUAAGAGAUUUUAUAUGAAAGGCAUUUCAUAACAGCACACUCUCUUUGAAGCAGGUUUGAAGCGAAGAAUGAUUUUGUUCAUUGCAAAUAUGAAAACUUGCAGUACUGUAUUUUGUAGAAGAAGACAAAGCUGGUGAUAUUUUACAGUCAAUCCACAAUGAAUCCACAAUGAAAUGUUAAGCUGGGGAAAUCUUUUUAAAAGAUGAAAUACACAUAACCACCUCACAAAUAAUAAUACAUUUUCAAUUAACUAUCAACAUUCAUUGCUGAAACUUCAUUGUGGCACCAGUGGCAAGAAUUAAUUGCUGUGCAAGGUUUUUUUAAAAGUUUUAUAUAACAUGUGCAUUUUUUUGGUCAUCAUGUCCGAUCAAAUGUAGUGUGCUCUUUAUAUUCAGAUAUCAGAGUGAGACGUCUUCUGUUCAUGUAAUCUGUUUAUCAUUCUGUAUAUGCUCAUGUUCCUGUUUGUCUACAGCAUAUCAUACAUCUUGAUUACCAUGUCUUCAAAUAUGCUAUAUUUUUUUGGUUCUUUUCAGCUGGAUCUAUGAAUGUUGGACCUAUGAAAUAAAACGUUCUCAGAAAAGA